UAGAAAGAGGAAGAAGAAGGGGGUGGAUUGCCAGAUACCGCCAGAACCCCAGUGACUAAUUUCGGACUCCAGUCCGAGAGUGGUUUUUCGACCGGUUGCUUCCGCUCCCCGUCAGUCGUUUCUUUCCUCUAGUGCCCGAUAACAUGGAUGCGAUGUUCAAAGCUCGCGACCCAUACAAAUCUCCCUAGUGAUCAGGCCAACCCCCCCAAACUACCGAAGAUGUUCGAAGUGGAAUGUCAGGAUUAUAGCCGUAAGUGUUACCUGACGUGUAAAUAAUAACAAUACUGUUCACGUAACAUCAACAAGUUGCUUGACGACCGCCAGCCCCCUGUCAUCAUGCCGCGACGAGUAGACAGGCUGAGGAAAGAAGCACGCAUCAGCAGGACACCUUCCGAUUUGCUGUCGGAUUUGCACGUGUACAUCCUCCCGCAAGACAAAUGGAUUCCCUUCCGCCGUCUGGCGAGGAACACGGUCGUCGAAGAGACGGUCUCGGCCGGCUUCGUCAGGGUACUACCGGACGUGACGCUGGUUGACCUCCGGCAAGAGCUGACUGGUCAGCUAGGAGACGAUGUCCCCGAACAUUAUGUCUUCAUCAAGAGCGUUGGCAGGAAUUUUACUCAGGUGAAGCCCCACCAAGAGCAGAUGGUGAAGGCCAAGAACUUCCUGCCGCCCCACGCCGAGGAACCCGAGAUCCACAUCAUGGAGCUGAGCGAGGAGCUCCUCCGCUACGCCCCCAGCCUCUCGAACCUCCUGGCGUCGGACACGGAGCUGUCCGAGUCCUUCGGUCCUUCGAGGCUCACCCAGCGCGAGACCUACGCCAGGGCGGAGAAUCUGAGGAGCUGGGCGGAGAACGCCGAGGGGAAGUGGGAGGGGCCGUCUUCCGACGUCAACGGGGAUUCCUUGAGUGCGCCUGGCAUCAAGGCAACUGACCGCUACAACCUGGACAGCAACAUCAUCAUCCAUUGGCAGAGCCAAGAAGAUGGGGAAGAAGAGAGAGAGGCCGACGAGACGAGAGACAGAGGCGACGGAAUGAGCGACAACAGAGAAAGGAGACGAAGCAUCGAGGGGGAUGACGAAGGAGCCAGCGAGGAAGGCAGCUCCAACACCUCGGAGGAGGAGGACCAGGAGGCAAGGGCGGCGAGGAGGAACAGGAGGAACAGAGAAAAGAGAGGAGGAGGAGGAGGAGGAGGAGACAGAAGGAAGGCGAAAAACGGCGUGGCCGGAGGCAGAACAGGAGCCAAUGAAAACAGGAGAGGUAACGUUGGCGGGAAAGAUGAUAAUGCCGAUAACGAUGAUGAUGGUGAUGAAGAUGGGAAAAGCGAAGGCGAAGGGAAGAGAAAAGCCGAAACGGAGAGCGACGAAAAGGGCAUGGACGAGAGAUCGGAGGAGACAGGCGAUGAAGGUGGGAAGAAGAGGGCUAAUAAAGCCCUGCACAAGACAAAUAGCAAGAGCCAGUUGAAGAAGAGGCACAAAGGAAACAGAAAAGGGGCGGCGGCCGACGGGAACAGCGAGGAACACAGCGAAGACGACGACGACGAAGAAACGACCGAUAAAACGAAGAAACCAAAAGAUUCGAAAGCUCGCCAUGUCACCGGGAGGGGGGGCGGGGCGAGGGCGACAAAAGCGACGUCGAGGCGGAGGGAGAGGAUGAAAGGGGAGGAGGAGAAGGAGGAGGAGGAGGGGCUGACGUUAGAACCGUGAA